GCCAGUGUUGCCUGAUCUUUGCUCGGAUCAGGACAUCGCUCAAGGUCUUCCUUGUCAAAGAACUUGAUUUUCAAUGCUGUGAAUGCAACACUAUUCUUGAAGAACCCCCAACAGAUUUUUGUAGCAUGCCCCAUGUUUUGUUUCGUUUUUAAAGUGAGCUCGCGAGUCGCUAUGCGGUUGUGCCAGAACAAUGCUUGAACACUACCCUGGACGUGCCUACAAGGUCGGUUGUGAUACCAUGGACUUUUGGUCCCAUCUUGAAGAACUCCAAGACACACUACCCAAAUACGGGACGGUGGGACGACGUGCCAGAUGGAACCAGCCCAGACAGACCGAUCUUCUCGGGGGUCAUGAGCCUCCAUCUUGGACGGAUCUGUCUUACGUGGAGCCCCAGUAUUUUGAACGCAGAUACAAAGAACCCAGUAGGGUUGGAAGUAGCUUCGACAUGCGAUUACGUCACCCGUCUGGCUCGACGAGCUCUUCAGGGAGAUCCCUGAGGGGCAGUCACUCCUACAGCUCCUUUACGGACCUGGGUAGAGAGGCCGGCUAUUUUUCCUCACAAGAGGACUUGAUGCACACUUCCCAGAGUAAGAAGAGACAAAAGCCGGAGAUCGUUAGGAAGCUCAGCAAGUUAUUUUUCUCCUCGAAAAAGGGCAGCAACAAAGACCUACAACCAAAUACCUCUGAUGCAACUCCCAAUGCAGGGAAACAUUUCUUCAUUGAUCCUGAGGAUCACGAAAGAAGAAGAAGCCACUCUAGUGCAUUCCACAAAAGUCAAUCCUCCAAUGACGUUUUCAGUCAAAAAAGUAGAAGCACUUCCGACCCCUCUCAGAUGAGGCAUUGCCACUCGCAGAGUGACUUGGAAGUCCUCAGUGAACCCCGGCCUCGAUUCCAGAGGUCCAUCUCCAGAAAAAUGAUCUUGGAUUCGCUUUUUGAAGAGCCAGAAUCUGGAGCGUGUUCGUUUGAUUUCCAUAAAUACCCAUCAGAGCCCAGAUCGCCAAAUGGAGAUGAGCAAGGGACCCUGCUAGCUCCCAUUCAUGCCAGAGUGAGAAAAACUGGCCAUCAAGUCUUGAGUAGAGCGGACUUGGUCCAUAACCUUUUAUCCAGGACCAUCAGUGAGGGCUCGGAGAGUCUCUCUGAGGUGUCUGAGAUCGUGCAAAAUCUCCUCGAGAGUGGAGACUUCAACGUCAAUUCUGAGGAUUAUGAAUUUGCCACGGCUGUGAAUGAAAGCGACGAAACUGUCCCAGUACAUGGUACACCAUACCAUGAGAUGGAAAGUAGUGAUGACGAAGUGUGCGAAGAUGUUAUUAGUGAUAGUGUUGAGGACAUCUUCCGCACCUCAAAUAGUACUUCCGAACUCGAUCCCAGUCCAAAGAAAACUGAACCUCGGAAACCAAUUGUUAUUGUGAUAUUCGAUGUGCCAAAGGAGGGCAAAGUGGAAGUCUCCCGCGAAGGCAAAUUCCUCAGCAUUCUUCCCGCCGGAAAGGUCUUUGGAGAAUUGGCCAUUUUGUACAAUUGCAAGAGGACCGCCACUAUCAAAGCCGCUACCGACUGCAAACUAUGGGCCAUCGAACGCCAGGUGUUCCAAACUAUCAUGAUGAGGACCAGUUUAAUGCGCCAAGAGGAGCACACCAAGUUCCUUAAGAGUGUGCCAAGUUUUAUGAAUUUGCCUGAGGAGACUUUGAACAAACUGGCCGAUGUUUUGGAAGAGACCACCUAUGCUCAGGGUGACUACAUUGUUCGACAAGGCGCGGGUGGAGAUACAUUCUUUAUCAUUAGCAAAGGACGAGUCAAGGUUACCAAGCAUGAUAGUGAGAAGAAUGACGAGAAAUUCAUUCGUAACCUGCACAAGGGCGACUUCUUUGGAGAGAAAGCCCUUCAAGGGGAGGAAAAGCGAACGGCUAACAUUGUGGCCGAUGACGUUGAAGGCGUGACGUGUCUAGUCAUUGAUCGAGAGUCCUUCCAUCACCUCAUCUCCAAUCUGGAAGACAUCAAGACCAGAUACAUUGACUUACCAGAGCGCAAAAAGAUCAUCCACGAAGAGUUCAAGAGCUUGAAAUUGAGCGACCUCCGGAUCAUUGCCACUUUAGGAGUGGGCGGAUUUGGAAGGGUGGAGCUUGUUCAAAUUGCAGGCGACGCGAAGAAGCGCUCAUACGCCCUGAAACAAAUGAAGAAGAACCAGAUUGUGGAGACCCGCCAACAGCAGCACAUUAUGUCGGAGAAAGAGAUCAUGGAGGAGUCGGAUUGUCAUUUCAUUGUCAAACUCUUCAAGACCUUCAAGGACAGAAAGUAUCUGUAUAUGCUCAUGGAGUCUUGUUUGGGUGGCGAACUCUGGACCAUUCUCCGGGAUCGUGGCAACUUUGAUGAUAGCACCACUCGAUUCUAUACGGCUUGUGUGGUUGAGGCCUUUGAUUAUCUCCACAGCCGUGGCAUCAUCUAUCGAGACUUGAAGCCAGAGAAUUUGUUGCUGGAUGGCGUUGGCUUCGUGAAAUUGGUCGAUUUUGGAUUCGCCAAGAAACUUCAGGUCGGUCGAAAGACAUGGACUUUCUGUGGAACCCCCGAAUAUGUAGCCCCAGAGGUUAUUUUGAACAAGGGCCACGACAUCAGCGCUGAUUAUUGGUCUCUUGGCGUUCUCAUGUUUGAGCUUCUAACCGGCACUCCCCCAUUCACUGGCAAUGAUCCAAUGAAGACAUACAACAUUAUCUUGAAGGGCAUUGACGCCAUUGACUUCCCACGGAACAUUACCGGUCGAGCCAAGGAACUUAUCAAGAAACUCUGCCGUGAUAAUCCAACUGAGCGCUUGGGUUACCAAAAGGGCGGAAUACGUGACAUUCAAAAACACAACUCGGAGGAAUCUAUACCGGGUCAACAGUGGUUCGAUGGUUUCAACUGGGAAGGAUUGAGAACCAGAACUCUGAAUGUGCCGAUCUUGCCCAAAAUCCAGAGUCAGUUGGACACAUCCAACUUCGAUGAGUACCCUCAAGAUGCUGAAGGUCCACCCCCAGAUGAUGUGUCCGGAUGGGAUGAAGCCUUUUAGGUUGGCAAAGAAGUUACAUGACAAAAAUAACCAGCAUUUCCCCCUCCUUCCUGUUAUAAAACUAAUUUCGAUUAAUGUUUGUUCUCCUUGUCCCUAUCACACACACACACACCCCUCGCCCCCUAAAUGCCCAAAAACACAAUCCCAAAUUGGGAUACGCUUUGAUCCUUGUUUUCAGAAAAAUCGGUUCCUGUAUUAUUCCUACCAUACAUACACAACCAACACCAACUCCCCUCCGUCUUCUUGCCUGUACAUAGGAUUUUAUUUCUGUUAUAUAUCCUACAUGAUCAUUAUUAGUAUGAAAUGUUGUUUAUCAGAAAAAAAGUUUAAUCGCCUCUGUCCCCAAAACAACCCCUGACCCCACCCCAACAUCAUUAUUUAUUACUAGAAGAACAAUUACCAGCCAACAACCCGAACGAAACCCGAUAAUCAGCAUUUACCACGUGAAGAACAAACCAACCAACAAACAAACAGACUAGCUACCAUCUCCAUUGAAGACAAAAGAACAAUUCAAGUUACCUCUCGGGACGUUGAUCUAAACGCCAUUUGGACCAUUGCUCGAGCCAUUCGUACAUCCGUGAAUGGGUUAUGUUCAUGAAUGGUGACUCUACUGUGCCUGGCGACCUUUCCCCCUCUACGUACAUGUCUACAACUUUCAUGUAUCCUUCACUACCUGCUUAAUAAAGAUAGCUGAUUUAAA